AUGGACGCUAUACUCUUACUUCCUGUGGUCCUUCUUUAUAGAGAUUUUGGUACCUGCAAUAUUAUUGUUGAUGAGGCAACUUGCUACCUGGUUGGAGUUAUUGACUGGGCUGAGGCGGAGAUCUGUCCCUUUGGUGUGAACCUCCACUCCCUGCAGAGCCUGACUGGGAAGCUGCACUUUUGGAACGGCUGGAUACGGUAUGACGACUAUGAUAAUGUUCACAAGGUCUUUUGGACUACCUUCAGAGACGAAGUAGGCGGCUUAGGGGAUGAUUGUAUCGAAACCAUCCGACUAGCCUGGAUUAUGGGCUUAUUGCUGUUAAGAGGCUUUACCAGCCGCCUUGUAAAUAAACCAGAGGCCGUUCCUAUCGGAGAUGAUGAACGUGGACGUUACAAUAUGUUGUCACUGGAUGGGUUCCUGGUUAACCCCGCAACAAGGUUUGAAGAUAUUGAUUGA